UCUGCCUGGGUGAGGCCGUCAAGGCCGCCUGUCUCUAUCGCCACCAUGCCCGACCGCGGUUGUCUGGCUCUCCACCGAGUGUGCGACUCGGUGAGCGGCGUGAAUUGGCGCCCGACGCGCUUCGUUGACGAGUUGACGUUGAACCAUUACGCCUGCUGCGUCUGCCAGGUGAUUCCAAGCACGACAGUCCUGCUGCCCUGUUCGCACGCCCUGUGCGAGCAGUGCCAGCGAGGCUCCGUCGUUCAAGAUGGCGGAAGCGUCUGCCCCCUGGAUGGAGAACCCUUCCGCGAAGACGAGUGCCAGAAGUUGCAGCUUCCGGAGAGGAAGAAGCAGAAGUUGAAGGCCCACUGCUGGAACGAAGCCCACGGCUGCGAUUUCGUCGGCCCCCUGGCGGCACUCCUGGGACACUUCGAGGCAGAGUGCGCCUUCCACACUUCUCCGUGUCAACGUUGCGGCGAGAACGUUUCCAAUGCUAAGCUGGCCGCCCACUACAUUGACGGGUGUAGUACUAACAACUUGUCACCUGCGACGCUCGUUGAGUCCUCGACACGAGGUGAAGCCGCCGCCUCGUCCUCCGCUACCGGUGACGUCACUGCGACUGCGCAAGGGAUCGAGGGCAAAACAGAGUACCGCUACGAAGACGAAAUCCCGGCGCUACAGAGCCAAGUGAACGAACUCACGGAGGCUGCAAGAACCCAAGGUGCUCAGCUGCAGGAGUUAAACGGCACACUGGCGCUUAGCCUCGAGACUCUGAAUGCCAGCGUGGUUGCGGCCGCCGCGAAAUUCUCGGACGCCAUCGGCGAAGCCUCGCAGCUGCAUCAACGCAUUCUCGCUUCGAGAGAGGAGGAAAGUUCUCGGGCACAUGAGGCUGAGGCGACUGCAAGCGCAAGCUGUCCGUGCGGAAAGCCGCCAAGGUGGAAUGAGGCGACGGACAUCCUUCAAAAUACGGAAGUCCUCGCUGCCCAGUCUCUGUGGUGCCUCCAACGCCUACUCAAUAAAGACCACGAGACAGCGGACAUUCCGGCAGCUCGGUCAUCUGUGGUAUCGCAAAGCAGAGAAAAGCGCACGUCUUUCCGGGAGAGCACCUGCACGCUUCGUUGCGCAAACGCUAACGAAAUCGUUUAUCUCGUGGUUAUAUCGCACGCCAACGAACUGGGCAGAUUCAACAACGAUACCGUAACAUGUCGACUGCGUCAUCGAAACGCGUGGUGCAGAGUGACUUACGGUAUAUUGGAUAAGGACCAUGUAAUACCAAAAUGGGGUCUUAGAUUAGAUUGGGACAAUAGUUGUGGAGAGAGCAGCUGCUUGCCGCACGCCGUUAACGUAUCGGAAACCAGCGCGCCGUCUCUUCCUUACUUUUUGAAACGAGAAGAUGCAGAAUGCGACGCGCGGACGCAAGUUUUCUAUUACGAUUUCGUCGUAGUAAGUGUAUAUAACACGAAGCUGAGAUAUCAAAUCGUCAUACACGACUGCGAGUGAAGUAGCUUGGCUCGUCCCGUGACGCGUCGGCACUUAUUCCACAGACCAGUCUUGACGUGUGGGGCUACAAACCAACUCUUGUAUCCUGCUGGAUGUUGGACAGCAUACUGAUGUUUUAUUUAUUCCGAGAGUGAUACAUGUAAUUGCUUUUUGUUGAUGUAUUAUUGAAGAAUGCUUUCAUUUUCACGAAACUACGCCGUUAUAGCGGCAAUCUGUGACCGUUUUUCGGUUUUUUUAGUAUACUGCAAAUAAACUUACAGAUUUUCCUUUCA